AUGGCGCGCCUUAGCCGUUUCCCUUCUCUCUUGUCGCCCUCUCGCCCUCUCGCCUUUUUCCCUCCCAAGCAUUUUGCCCCCCACACAGAUUCCUCGAAUGGCACGAGGCUGUCCAUUUCCGCUAUUGAACAACAACACUUCUUGAGACGACCAGGAAGUGAAUCAUUGUUAUCCCAGCUCAAACUUGCUCAAGGCACAAGUCACUCAAUUCGAACGAUGGUGAUUGCACGUGAAAUGACAGAAGACGAAUACCACAACAUUGCAAACCAAAUUCUUGAAAAAAUUACGGAUGAGUUAGAGUUGUUGGAAGAGACCGACACUGACCUCGAAGUAGAGGCGUCUGGAGACGGAGUUAUCAACAUCAAAGUCAACAACAAGGGAGCAUGGGUUAUCAACAAACAAACGCCUUCACGGCAGAUUUGGUUCAGCUCUCCCAUAACAGGUCCUACACAUUACAUGUUGCAAGGGGGGGAGUGGGUCUGCACCAAGGAUGGGCACAACAUGAAAGGUAGAUUGCAUGAGCAGUUAGGCAUCAGAGUGUGA